AUGGUGCUUUGUACCGGUCAGCUGGAUGGUGGUGUAGCGAUACCUUGCUUUUUACGGCUGGACAGUAUCACCUCGUCGCACGCUAGCGACUCGGUUAUUACCAGCUUUCUGCCCCCAACACGACGUGGUUCUAUCAUCACCCGCCUUCUGGACCCCGCAUCUCUCCCCACUGAGCUGCGAAAUGAUGGAGCGGCCUGGCAGUUGCAUGUGCUGCCUCAGUAG